GUCAAAUGUCAAAUCGGUAUGUUGUGUUUUCAUUUUUCAUUUCCAAUCGGGGUAUAAAAGUGAUGAUUAAUUUAAAAUUUUUUGUUUUUGAAAACACUGACUUAAAGUUUAUUCCGUAAGCGAUAUUAAUAAGCAAAUCGUUAUCCAAAUUAAUAAAAGUUUGUUUAGGUUUUUCAUCGGUUUAAAUUACUUAAAAAACCAGAAUUUGCUGAUAACACAUCAAAUUAACUUUUUUCAAGGAUAUACGCGUUGGAUAAUUUAUUAAUAAUUAAUUUUGCUCUAUUUUUUUAUCGUAUUUGAAACAAUUUUUCUAUAAUUUAUUGUAAAUACGUUGCAGCGAUUUUUAUCGAUUAUUUCUCAGAAAAUGUCAAAAAUGAGAAUGUGUAUUGUUUGUUAAAACUUUUUAUGCACUGGUGACGUAAUUUAAUGAGUUAUGAACUUUAAGAAAAAAGUAAAAACUUGAUAACAAACAUGGAUGAAGUAAAUUUAGUAAGUAAUUGGUAUAAGAUACCAAAAUGGUUCCUAAGGCUGUGUUUUAUUAUUAUAAACAAUUUAUACUGUAUACCUACGUAUGUUAUGUGGAUGAUCCUCUUGUUACCACUUAGAAAAGUAAAUCCAGACGUGUAUUGGAAAAUAGAGGGAUAUUUUUUCCAUUGGCUCCUGGCGAUGGUUUCCAUGUGGAGCUAUUCUGCAGGAUAUGACAUUGUAGAAGUAGGAGACGACAUAACACAUUGUCUGGAUGAAAGGACGCUAGUGAUAGCGAACCAUCAAUCGACAGCGGACGUGCCUUUGUUAUUUUCGUGUUUCAAUCCCAAGAAUAAUGUAUUGCCCAAUAUUAUGUGGAUAAUGGACAGCGUAUUCAAAUAUACAAAUUUCGGAAUCGUUAGUGUAUUACAUAAGGAUUUUUUUAUCAGGGCGGGUAAAGCAACCCGAGACAAAUCUUUACAAGAAUUUGCACAACAUUUGUUAGACGUCUAUAUACCCUUAGGCAGGAAAUGGCUGGUGUUGUUUCCCGAAGGUGGUUUUUUGAGGAAACGAAAGGCAGUGUCGCAUAGGUAUGCGGAAAAAAUGAAUUAUCCCAAAUACGAGUACGUUACCUUGCCAAGAGUGGGAGCCAUGCAAGUUAUCAUGGACACUUUAAAUAGAAAAGCUGUCGUAAAUAAUAACUCUAAUUCUGCGAAAAGUGACGUUUGGGACGUACCUCGAAUCGAAUGGAUUCUCGACAUAACUAUUGCCUAUCCAAACGGCUGGCCGAUCGACCUCGGCCACAUCGCGUUCGGCAAUAGGGAACCCUGCCAAACUACUCUCUUCUACCGCAUCUACCCCUGCAAGGAAUUACCCCAAGACCCCGAGGCCAUGACGAAAUGGCUGUUCGACCGAUGGGCGGAAAAAGAAACUAUGUUAGAAACCUUUUACAGGACCGGCUCGUUUUCGAGCGAAUUCAGUCCCAACAAAUAUCAUCCGCCGAAAGUCAUCGUUCAAGACUACCUGAGGUACGCCAUAUUGCACAUGUUUUUUAUAGUCUCUACGUACAUACACCUGAAGAUGUUUCUGGCUGCGUACAAUUAUUAUUACUAUCUGGUUUAUUAGCGGCACGCCAUCGUCGCAUAUUUGGUAUGUUUGGUGAGGUACUAUUUGUAAUUGUUUGUCCUGUGUUUUAGUGAUAAAUGGAUAAAACGAUUUAAUGUUAAAUAUUUACGAUCGAAAAUUUUGUUUAUAUACAGCACAAUGUUUACCUAUAUUAAAAAGAAACUACAUGUUCGUUGUUUUUUUUUUUACUUGAAGCAAAUGUUAUUAUAAAUGCAGUUGAUGCGAGGCAAUUUGUCUGUAGUGCAAUGAUGGUCAGCAAUGAUUGCCGUAAACUUUAUAUCGUUCACAUUUAAUAAAAAAUAUUGACAAUAUAACUGAUUAAAUGACCAGUGUUAUUAUCUCCCUUGCACACUUACAGUAAUUGUUGGUGAUUGAAUAUGUUAGACAAAUUGAGUCGCGGUAAUUGUACGGUAAUUUACAGACAAAAAAAUAAGUUCAUUGCAUGUUGUCGUAUAACGCACUUUUUUGUCUUGAGUAGAGGAAGAACCUAUCAUCAUUACAAUAUAACCUAUUGCUUCUUCGCUUUACAUAGACUUUCCAAUUUUCUACAUCUUCAAUUUUCUGCAUCCUUAUUAUUGCUACUUUUCUGCUAUGGUCGUUCAUCAGACAUUUUUUUUUGUACUAUUAGUUUAGUCCAACUUGCGUCUUGAAUUUUUGCCAGUUCCUCCCAACGACGCUUUUGAACCUCAUACCUCUUUCGGUUGUUUUUUUUUGGUAUAUU